UUCGCUCUGCCCUCUCGGUGCGGAAGUGUUAUUCUGCAGAGCAGCAGCAGAGGCAGAGCUGCAAACUGUUUGGAUAAACACCGCGGCGGGUCCCGUGCUGCUUCUCCGGCCCCUCCGUCUUCACCGUCGGGGCUGUCAGCGCUCACUUUGUCCGUACUUCGUAGCAGGACUAUGCGGGCACCGUUCGGCGGAGUGCAUUGAGAGCUGCUUCAUGCUGAAAGCUACAGCUAAGUUAGCAUCUGAUGAUGAAGAUGGAGCUGCUUAGCCUACCAGAAAGCUCUUAGCUUCUGCCUUUUCCACUCCAAAUGAGGCAGAAACCGUGAGCUAAACUGGACUUAUACCUGCAGAGAGUUCAGGAGUUUCCUUGAAUCAUCUAUAUGGGCCAUCUUCUCUCCAAAAAUGGUCUACGCCUGAAGAAGAGGACCCGCAAGUUAAAUCACAGGAAGAAGAAGAAGAGGAACUGUUUUCUCCAAGGGCCUUGCAUGCUCUGCUUCAUCGUCCACAGCAACAGCAGCGGUCUUGACGACGACAGCGACCAGCUGGAAGCUGGUGUCAACGGCUGCCGUCACAACAGCAUCGCUGGAAUCAGCGUGCCGGGCGUAGGCGAAGUCGGCAUCGGAGCGGCGGCAGCCUCGAAGCUUGCCGAGCGAUACGCGGCUCUUGCGUCGCCUGAGGACUGCUCUAAGUUUCUGCUGUCGCAAAGGGAACUUGCCAUCUGGGAGGGCCAGGGGAGGAGUCUUCUGUCAGCCGUUCCUGCCAAACUGAUUCCACCACCGGUGCUUUUCCGGACGGCUGGUGUGUCUGUGACUGUGCCCAUACCUGUGGCUGUGCCCGGCUGCACCAGCGAAUACACAGAGAUGGUGUGCAAGAGGAAGUGCUCGGAGGUGCAGAGGUGCACCCCAUGCAAGCAGCCGCGCUGUGCCUUUGCUACUCCUGACGGAGUGGGAGCAGGAGGAGAUGUAGGAGGAGCAGGGGAUGCUCCUUCGAACUCUGAAACUGGUCACAGCCACCUUCCCAUCUGCCCCAUUCCCUCUUCCUCUUCCACCUCAGCUUCCUCUUCCUCCUCCCCAGCGGACUGCUGCUGUGGGUUGGCUCUCCAUGCCGAAUCGCCCAACAGUUCAGACUCAACCCCGUGCUGCCUGCAUCACUAUGACGACUGCCAGGCGAGAAGUUCUGAUGCUGCUGAGCAUCUAAGUAUCAACCACCUGCCUUCCUCCAUCCUUCUUAAGGUGCUGUCCCACCUGACGGUGAAAGAGCGCUGUCUUUGUGCCUCUCUGGUUUGUAAGUAUUGGAGGGAUCUUUGCUUGGACUUUCAGUUCUGGAAACAAAUCGACCUCAGUGGCUUGCAGCAAGUCAACGAUGAUCUCCUUGUGAAUAUAGCGUCUCGGAGACAGAAUGUGACAGAGAUUAACAUCUCAGAUUGCAGGGGAGUCCAUGAUUAUGGCGUGUCCUCUCUGGCCUCCCACUGUCCCGGUCUGCAGAAGUACACGGCUUACAGGUGCAAGCAGCUGGGUGAUAUCUCAGUGACAGCUUUGGCGACACACUGCCCUCUCCUGGUCAAGGUGCAUGUGGGGAACCAGGAUAAACUAACUGAUAUGGCAUUGAAGAAGUUGGGAGCAAACUGCAGGGAGUUGAGGGACAUCCACUUGGGUCAGUGCUAUGGCAUCACUGAUGAAGGUAUGAUGGCGUUGGCUCGAGGAUGCCCAAAACUGCAGAGACUCUACUUGCAAGAGAACAAAAUGGUGACUGAUCAGUCUGUGCGGUCGGUAGCUGAGCACUGUCCCGAGCUGCAGUUUGUCGGCUUCAUGGGAUGCCCCGUCACCUCUCAGGGUGUCAUCCAUCUCACUGCGCUGCAAAACCUGAGUGUCCUGGAUCUGCGGCACAUCUCAGAACUGAACAACGAGACGGUGAUGGAAGUGGUGAGAAAGUGUCGGAAGCUCAGCUCCCUAAACCUGUGCCUCAACUGGAGCAUUAAUGACAGGUGUGUGGAAAUCAUCGCCAAGGAAGGCAGGAGUCUGAAGGAGCUCUAUCUGGUGUCUUGUAAAAUCACAGACCACGCUUUGAUAGCCAUAGGCCAGUACAGCAGUACCAUAGAGACUGUGGAUGCUGGCUGGUGCAAAGACAUCACAGACCAAGGAGCCACACAGAUCGCUCAAAGCAGCAAGUCCCUCCGAUACCUGGGCCUCAUGAGAUGUGACAAGGUAACAAGGGUUAACACUAAACUUGUGGCUGCAGCAGAUGAUUGCUUAGUGUGUGUGUGUGUGUGUGUGUGUGUGUGUGUGUGUGUGUGUGUGUGUGUGUGUGUGUGUGUGUGUGCGCUCACAUACUGCGGCAGAAAGUCAUGUGAAUGUAAAUUUGUGUGCAUGUACCUGAGCAAAGGGUUCUUUAAGAGAAGGUAAUGAUGAUAAAAAUGGAAAUUCAAAUAUCUAGGUUUUAGACGCUCUCAAAUCAAGGAAUAUAACAAGACCACUAGAGACCUAAAAUCUUGGACUGGAAUUGCGGUGAUGAUUUGCAUUUUAUAGUCCAAACAAACAGUUGCCAUCAGGUGCAGCACUGCUUUCUUGAAUACAUUAGUAACCCCCUUUUUCCUGCAAUGAAUGCACCUAGAAGUGAAUCCAUGUGUGCAUGUGCACAAGGUUGACUUCACCUGUUGUCAUUGUAAGUAGAAGUAGUGUUAGCAUGAGCCACUUUACGCUCAAGGUAUUUUCAACAUCUUUCCUAUAUAGUUCAUGUUUAUUAUGUAGCUCUAAAUCUAUUUUGUUUAUGAAUAUGAAAGGAUUGGAAUUAGGAUUAGUUAUUUCUUCUGUAAAGUACCAUACAAUAACGUUUUAGCCGCUAAUCUCCCAGAAAAUUAAUAGACAAACGCAUGUAGUUUAAAACUGAUGCAGAACACAGAUAUCAUGAUAUAUCAUGA